AACUUUUUAGAGUUUUCAAACUUAUGCUCGAGCUGAAAUCUCGCGCACACUAGCUCUCUCCUUCCGCUCCGCGAGGAACAAACACCGCGUUCAGUCCUGUUUUUCCCGAUUUCCGUUUUGUGCUUUGAACAUUUCUUACAAUCCAAUUACUUUUUUUUCUCUCUCUUUUUCAGUUAUUUUUGCCUCGGUGCAUUUUAAUGGCGAAUAGAUGACAGCGCGCGAGAGUUUACAACUUUUACACACGCGCCAGAGUGGAGUUGAAGUCUUAUAGGUUUAAUUUUUAUACACUAUUAUAUUCUGUUUUUAUAUAGUGUAUAUAUAGCAGGGACUCCACGAGUGUUUCUUUCAAACUUCUCCAACACUUUCACUUCUAAUGGAUAUGGCUGUUCUCACAUGGGACAUUAUCCUCGCUCUAUGUUUAUUGAUUUCUCCGGCUUCGCUUUCGGCGGAUCAGAGCGGCUUCAGGAGAUUGUACGUGCUGCAGCCGGGACCGGGCGGUACGGAUCGUGUUCACGUGAGCUCCAUUUCAUCCGUCUCGGGAGCGUCAGGGCAGCCGCACUCAUACAAUGUGGAGCUCAAAUCCAACUAUGGUGGCAGCCAGGUCCGGACCCGGAGAAUGGGCCACCAGCCGAAUCCAAACCCAAGCAUUCAUAUCCGCCAGGACGCGCAGCCCGGCCGGCACACAACCCAUCAGAUGAAAGUGUCAGGAGUGAACGUCUGUGGGGGGCAGUGCUGUGUUGGUUGGAGCAAGACACCAGAAUCUCAACGCUGCACUAAACCUAACUGUUUGCCCCCGUGCAAAAAUGGAGGGAUGUGCUUGCUGCCCCACAUGUGUGUGUGUAAGCCUGGCUCUAAAGGCAAGUCCUGUGAACAGACCACUCUCCCCCCAUCCUCUCAUCCAACUGGACCACUAAACGGACACACCAAUGGUGGACUUCCAAAUGGAGGCCAUACAAAUGGAUACAGCAACGGUCAUAAUUUAAUUCCCCAGCGCCCCAUUCCUCAGCAAACCUUCCCACAAGGCCAAGUGCCGUUACCGCUACCUGGCACCAAUGGGGGACACAUGACCCUCUCCAAGAAGUCAUCAUCUAACCGACUCAACCAACCCAUCCCUUACCAUGUACAAAAUCCGGUUUCCAUGAUGCACCAGAGCAAAAUCCAGAAGUUCAUGGUCCAACAGAAAAACUACCAUACGCACACGCAGGUGCAAGGAGUAGGACCCACCCUGAACCGGGCCAUCCCGCUUACAGUCGGAAAUAACCCAAUUCACGUAGGGAACCACACUGGCCGGAUCAAGGUGGUCUUCACCCCAACUAUCUGCAAGAUGACCUGCACUAACGGCCGCUGUCAGAACAGCUGUGAGAAGGGUAAUACCACCACCAUCAUCAGUGAGAACGGACAUGCUACCGACACCCUCACCGCCCCCAACUUCAGAGUUGUUGUUUGCCAUUUGCCCUGCAUGAAUGGAGGAAAAUGCAGUGCUCGGGACAAGUGUCAAUGCCCUCCGCACUUUACUGGAAAAUUCUGCCAAAUGCAGAAUCCAAACGGUCACCAGGGACAGCAAACAGUGGUAACUGGGCAGAAGACACAUGUCCACUCAACACACACACUGCCCCUCACCUACGGUACUGGACAAAACCAGGGUUUGGUGAAUGUCCAUGUGAAACAUCCUCCAGAAGCCUCGAUCCAGAUCCAUCAGGUGUCUCCGGUGGACGGUAACAGGCAGGGGAAGAACACGCAGUCUAGUCAUUCCUUUUCCUACCACAUUUCUGAGUCCAGCAGCAGCCAGAGCAUCCAGCAUGGACACAGUCAUGGCGGCAUCAUUUACCCCAACCAGCAAGGAAAGGUCCAGUACCAGCCGGUGACAUCCAAGAGCCAACUAGGACGCUGCUUCCAGGAGACUGCUGGAAUGCAGUGUGGGAAAGCUCUGCCCGGCCUUUCUAAACAGGAAAUCUGCUGUGGGACAGUGGGCACAUCAUGGGGAUUCCACAAAUGCCAAAAAUGCCCCAAAGAACCAUCGAUUCCUCUACAGCGACCGACUACAAUGAUUGAAUGUCCUCAAGGCUAUACGAGGUUGAAUGCCACUCGCUGUGUCGAUUUUGAUGAGUGCCAGAUUCAAGGUGUUUGUCUCAAUGGAAAAUGCAUCAACACUAUUGGCAGCUUCAGGUGUUUCUGUAACCCAGGCUUUGUGCCUGACCCCACGCUCUCCACCUGCUACCCUGAAACACCUGCUCUUCCUGAGGAAAAGGGUGCUUGCUUCCGAUUGGUCAGUUCGGGGACGCAGUGCUUUCACCCGGUGUCCACUCAGCUGAGUAAACAGUUAUGCUGUUGUAGUGUGGGUAAGGCCUGGGGGCCUCGCUGUGACCGCUGCCCUCUACCUGGGACAGCUGCGUUUAAAGAGAUUUGUCCUGGAGGUAUGGGUUACCAUGUCACCACGCCAUACAUUUACAAGCCUAAACUUCCUGCUGGACAUGUCCAAACAGACGGUCAAGGGCAGAGCAAUCCCACCAUCAAGCAUCAAGCACCCGUGGACCCUCCUGUGCUGCUACCCACCCUGCUGCCGCAUGUGGAAGCUUACAGCUUCACAGAGAGGCAGGUACCUGAGGUGGUGGAAAAGGUGUCACCUCCUGGCCCAGUGGCAAUUCUUCCUUCCAGUGCAAGUCAGGACAUCUCCCCAACACAGCUAGCAGAGGUUGACGAGUGUCAAGUAAGUCGUGAUAUCUGUGGUGCGGGAAUCUGUUAUAACACCCCUGAUAGCUACAUGUGCAUUUGUGACGAUGGCUAUAAAAUGGACAGUGAGGUCACCACAUGUGUAGAUGUUGACGAGUGUGUGGAGACCCAGAGUUUGUGUGCCAAUGGUCACUGUCAGAACACUCCAGGCAGUUUCCUGUGUGCGUGCUCGCCUGGCUUUAUGCUUAACGAGGAGGGCACCAGCUGCUCCGAUAUUGAUGAAUGUCAGGACGGGAGUGUGUGUCCGUCUGGUCUCUGCUAUAACAAUCUGGGCUCUUUUAUGUGUUCUCCAUGUCCGGAUGGAUUCGAGGGAAGAAAUGGCCAGUGUGUCGAUAUAAAUGAGUGUCGGGAUGAAAGAGUGUGUGCUUAUGGUCAGUGCUCCAAUCGGGAGGGCUAUUACAUUUGCACAUGUGACAAAGGGUUCUCACUCACUCCUGACGGGAAGGCCUGCACAGACAUUGACGAAUGCCAGGAUGACAGUGUGUGUAUCCAAGGUCACUGUCAGAACACAGAGGGGUCAUUUAUCUGCAGCUGUGAGCCUGGGUUCAUACUGUCCUCCACAAGAGACCAAUGUGAUGAUGUGGAUGAGUGUUUGGAGUUACAUCAGACUUGUGAUGGGGUGGGGCAGUGUGUUAAUAUCUUGGGCUCAUAUCAGUGCAUCUGCCUACUGGGUUAUAGACAAGUCAACGGCACCAGCUGCCAGGAUGUUGAUGAGUGUGAAGACGACACGCAAAUGUGCAACCUGAAUGGAGAAUGUUUGAACACAGAGGGCUCAUUCCUCUGUGUGUGUGAUGUUGGCUUUGUGUCCACACGAGAUCCACCCGGCUGUGAGGAUGUGGAUGAGUGUUCUCUGAAUGAGAAUACCUGUGGAAGUCAUGGUGUUUGUCAGAAUACAAUGGGCUCCUUCAGCUGCCAGUGUGACCCGGGAUUCAAAGACUAUCAGGAUGGGCAGGGCUGUGUGGAUGUGGAUGAGUGUUCUCUGAAUGAGAAUACCUGUGGAAGUCAUGGUGUUUGUCAGAAUACAAUGGGCUCCUUCAGCUGCCAGUGUGACCCGGGAUUCAAAGACUAUCAGGAUGGGCAGGGCUGUGUGGAUGUGGAUGAGUGUUCUCUGAAUGAGAAUACCUGUGGAAGUCAUGGUGUUUGUCAGAAUACAAUGGGCUCCUUCAGCUGCCAGUGUGACCCGGGAUUCAAAGACUAUCAGGAUGGGCAGGGCUGUGUGGAUGUGGAUGAGUGUUCUCUGAAUGAGAAUACCUGUGGAAGUCAUGGUGUUUGUCAGAAUACAAUGGGCUCCUUCAGCUGCCAGUGUGACCCGGGAUUCAAAGACUAUCAGGAUGGGCAGGGCUGUGUGGAUGUGAAUGAGUGUGAGCUUCUCAGUGAUGUGUGUGGUGAGGCAACCUGUGAGAACCGUGAAGGAUCCUUCCUGUGUUUGUGUGCUGACGAGACUCUAGACUUCAACCCAAUGACUGGCAAAUGCUUGUCCACACAUCCAGCGGAGAAGAAGGAGUGUUACUACAACCUGAAUGAUGAGAACCUGUGUGAUAAUGUGCUGGCCAGGAAUGUGACUAAACAGGAGUGCUGCUGUACACUGGGGGCCGGCUGGGGGGACAAUUGUGAGGUCCAUCCCUGCCCUGUACCAGGAACAGAUCAGUUCUCACUGCUGUGUCCGGCAGGCCAGGGAAAUGUUCCUACUGGAGACCCCAUGAUUCCAGGCAUCAGUUUAGAAGAAAAAUUCAAAGAUGCAGAUGAAUGCAUGCUUUUUAAAGAUGAGAUUUGCAAAGAUGGCUAUUGUCUCAACACCCCUGGUGGGUACGAGUGUUACUGCAAGUCUGGACUCUACUACGAUGAGAGCAAACUGCAAUGUUUUGACACUGAUGAAUGUUUGGAUGAUUUGAACUGUAUAGAUGGUGAAUGUUUGAACGAAUACGGCUCAUAUCAGUGUUUCUGCACUCCUCCUCUGGUUCUUGCACAUGACAACAUGCGCUGCAUUUCACCGGGUUUGGCAGAGCAUAGAAAAGCUGAAGUGUAUGAAGAUAUUUGCUGGGAGACAGUGACAGAAAGACUAACCUGCACAAGACCGAUUGCCAACAGACAUACCACAUUCACAGAGUGCUGCUGUUUAUACGGAGAUGCCUGGGGCAUGGACUGUGCUCUCUGCCCCAAGAAAGAUACAGCUGCUUAUGCCACUAUGUGCAAUAUCCGACAGCCAUAUGGUCAAGAUGCUCUUGUUGCUGGCCCAGUUCAUGAGUAUGAAGUUGGCCCUGAAUACAACCAACCACCUCUGAACCUUGACGACACGAUACACCUCUAUGACGAUUAUGAAGAACCGCAAAGUCCACAUGAUGCAUUUGAAGGAUUGCGAGCAGAGGAGUGCGGCGUGCUGAACGGAUGUGAAAACGGGCGGUGUGUGAGGGUACAGGAGGGAUACACCUGUGACUGUUUUGAUGGAUACACUCUUGACUUGUCCCGUAUGGCCUGCGUGGAUAUCAAUGAAUGCUCAGAGCUGAACUCAAAGAUGUCACUUUGCAAGAACGGCAAGUGCAUCAACACCCAGGGUUCAUACAAAUGUGAGUGUCUGCUGGGAUUUAUCCACUCCGCCCAGCACAACUACUGUGUGCCUCACAGACAGAAUGCAACAACCACGAACAGGGAGUGACUACCAGAGGGCGCCAGAUAUACUAAAAACACUCUUAUUUAAUCAAGGCCCAUAUACUCUGCACUGUAUAAAACAAACACAAAAAAACAAAACUACCAAAAAAAUAAAAAAUCUACUUGAGAUGAAGAGUUUAAUGUGCUAUCUUAUGGCGUCUACAAAAGAACUGUAUAAAAUAUUUGUUUUAUUGGUCUAUGUACGUUUGUUAUUAUUUCUGUCUUAGAAAAUAGAAAUACUUUAGGUAAGAAGAGAGAUCAUUUUUUUAGCAAACUGACAAACCCUAUGAAUUUAAGCUGGGGGACUGCUUUAUUUUACCCUGUCAAAGACACCGUGUGUGUGUGGAGAUAUUUUAGCAGCUAAACUCUCUCAUUCUCUUCUCUCUCUUUUUUCAUUGUCCUCUCCAUUCUUUCCUUCUCUAUAUCUAAAUCAUAUAUUGUCUUAUUCUCC